UUACCUGGGGGUGAUCGACAAUAAGUUUGUCGAGGAGCUCGAGUGGGUGGAGGCCCAAGCAAGCACCGAGAAGCCCAUGGAGACGAUGGACUUGGAGACCCAGACUCGCUCACGCGAGUUGUACGCUAUACUCCUGAGCUUUGUCAGGAACAGACCGGCUCGCCUCGUGCGGGCUGUGGUUCGCAACAAUGGCUAUGAGGCUUGGCGGCAGCUGCUUGUGGAGAUGAUGCCAAGCAGCAGACAGCGCCAGCUGGCUCUAGCGAGCCAGCUCACCGCCACCAAGCUGGACCCAGGCCGAGCACUCAGCGAGCGAGUGGGGCGAUACGAGGAGCUUAUUCGAGAGUAUGAGCGGGUGUCGGGGAGUCGGUACUCAGAGGACCUCAGAAUUUCAACUAUCGUGGCAGCGGCUCCCCCGGCACUACAAGCGCAGCUGCACAUGGCCUUGGGACCAGAGACGACCUACCAGGAGGUUCGGGACAAGAUCCUCCUCUACGAGCGGUCCACGGCAAAGUGGCACACGAACACCAGCCUGGCCAUGCCCUCUCUUCAAGACAGCAGCGGCCCUACCCCAAUGGAGGUGGAUCGCGUGGAGAAGGGGAAGAAGGGCAAAGGCACCAAUGACGGCAGCAAGGGCAAAGACGGAAAGGGCAAGAAGAAGGGCAAGAGCAAGGGCGGAUCCGGGCGAGACGCCUCCGCCCCGGAAUGCUUCAAUUGUGGGAAGCGCGGGCACUAUGCGCGAGAUUGCUGGAGCAAGCCAGCCAAAGGAAAAGGGAAGAGCGGCCGGGUGAACCAAGUUCAGGAGGAGACCGCCCCGGCCACACCGUCCGGCGCCUCUACAAGUUCAGCUGCGAGCACCUCGGCCAGCACCCAAGGAGGAGGAAAGGGAGUCCGGAUGAUACGCAUGGUGACGCCUCCCUCGGCACCCAUCUUGGAGGUGUACGACAUGGUCGAAGACGAGAACGAGGGGGAGUACGACUUCGAGGUCCGGGCCGUGACGUUUCUAAAGUAUAAGGCCAAGUUCCCCCCGGACAGCGGCGAGGCCCAUGAUGGCAUGCAUUGCGAGAUCAUCCUGGACUCGGGGGCCGAUGCCUCCAUGGUUCCUGAGUUUUUUCGGCACCUGGGCGAGGAACUUGCAGAUUCCUCGGCCCCUCUCCUCACCGACGCCCAGGGCAACACCAUCGGCACCAAGGGCGUGAAGCGCUACGAGUUCCUUCUUGAGGAUGUGGCAGGCAAGCGCUACCUUAUACGCGAAAAUUGCGUGGUGGGCCCAGUGCGGUGCCCACUGCUGGCCGUGGGAAAGCUACUUCGACGAGGCUGGCAGCUGAAGCACGAUGGCGGGGCCGGCAGCAGAAAGCUGCACCUCGAGGAGCCCUUUGGGAGAAAGACGGAGGUGAACUACCGCAACCACAGCCUGGUGAUAUCCGGGCACAUUCGGGCCCUCACCGAGAUCCCUAGGUCCCUGCCGGACAGCGUGCCCAAGAUUGACCUCCCAGCCGAAAUCUUGGAGAAAGUGGGCGUCGCAGGGAUGCACUCCCUAGGCUGCGGCUGGAAGAUGCAUUACAGUCCGGCCGCCACUUUGUUAAUGGACGGGCGCGAGUGGUACGACGCGGACUACUGGUGUUGCAGGACGACUUUCUUGCAGAGCGAGGGGGGCAAGUGGCUGCAGAUUGAGAACUCCAGCGAUUAUCGCUAUGAGGCAAAUCCCUUUGGAAGAGUUUCUCACCUGCCGGUGCCAAGGGUCACGCUUUUCAACAUGACCCCGUUUGACAACACUUGCUUCCCCGGAACCUUGGAGCCCAAGGCGUCCGAGAGAUUCCAGUACGAGCCCUCGCCCCAGGACAUGCCGGAGGAGAUCGUUGGUGAAGCGGCCGGUCAGCCAGGGCAGCCCAUCAGUGCAGGUGGGGCCUAUGUGGGCACAUGGGCAGCCAAGGCCGUGGAGGACGACAUGGUCAGAGAGCCGGCCGAGAUGAGACAGCCAGAGGGCCCGAGCCGGGACGACCACCACCGCAAGAACACGCACGACAAUGCCACCCCGGUGGUGCAGGUGGACUUCUACUACACCAAGGUGGACCCAGAGAGCCGAGCACAGCCCCGCGCAUAUCAGGAGGCCACGAACCUCAUAGCAGUGGACCUGCAGACCCGGAUGGUGCUAUCCGUGCCAGGCCCGGACAAGGGGCCAGGCAUGCUGAGGCAGGCCGCGGAGGAGCUCACUCGAUUUACGGUGGGGCUCCAUGGCGAGGACACCAUCAUUAUGCAGUCCGAUGGGGAGCCGUCUGUGAAAGCUUUGGUUCGAAGCACCGCCGCGGCCCGACAGCGACUGGGCCGGAGGACCCAGCAGCGAACUACACCAGUGGGCGUUCACGAGGCCAACGGCGCAGCUGAGCGAGCCAUUCAGACGGUGAGGCGUUUGGGCAACACGUUUGUGGAGGAGUUUGAGUCCAAGAGGGGGCAAGGUGUUCGACCAGAAGCUUUGCGAGUUGAUGAGGUUGUCUAUGGGCGCGUCGUCCGCAAGUACAAGGGCGAGGCGCAGUGGCUGAAAGGUAUUUGGUGCGGAAUCAAUCCGCACAACGGGGCACACCGCCUCAUGAGCACCUUUGGCCACCUUGAGUGCAACGCGGUGCGCCGAGGCAACGCCGACAUACAGAUGACAGCGGAGACCAUCGAGGCAGAGAUGUUUGGGUUGCCGUGGGAGCACGGUGUGGUGGAGAAGCGGAGGCAGGCGAAGCGAAGGCAGCAGCCCCAAGCAGUCGGAUUGCCUGUUCUUUCUGAACCUAGUGCCUUGCUUGCCCCGCCGACGCCGGCAACGCCUGGAGCAGCCUCAGGGGGAGUGCCGGCCACACCGGCCCUCUCGUUCGGGUCACCAGCAACGCCGGCCGCAGGAGCCAGACCUCGAGAACAAGAAGGCCCUGGAGACGAAGCAGGAAGCGACCCACCAACGAGCACGAGUUCAGAGGACGAGCUCUUGGCGGCAGCGGACGCAAGCCCAAGCGGUGUGAAGCGCAAGGCCGGCCAUGGAGAUGAGCAGCCGCCGGCUGCCAGGCCAAAGGCCGCACCAUCAGAGCCGAGCCAAGGCGAGAAGCGGAAGGCCGAAGACAGCCCCAGAGGCAGCGAACCAGGAGGCGGAGAGCCAACCAUCAGGACCAUCGAGACGGUCGACGCGGAAUGGCGCGAGACGGCGGGCAUCGAGGCAAGCUUUGUCGAGGAGGAGACCCUUGGCGGUGACGAGGGGAUGGCCAAUGACGACUUGCCACCCACGUUGCCACAGGCCACGGUGGACGAACUGGACGAGGCAGCCGAGAUCGAGGAGAUAGAGCGGCUGGAGAAGAUGGGCGUUCUCCUCCCGGACAUUGGCGAGGAUGCCGAGCACUUGUCGACGACUUUUGCCAAGGUCUGGAAAAAGGGCGAGCAUGGUUGGUUUCGUAGAGCGCGUCUUGUGGCCCGCCAGUACAAGUGGGCGACCCAGAUGGAUGAUGACGAGACGUUUGCGCCCGCCUCUGUGGCACCCCUUGGCCGGCUCACACCCAUGAUGGCUAUGACGUGGGGCACACCUAUAUAUGUGCUGGACAUCAAGGACGCAUACCUCACAGUGGAACAGCCAGCAGACGAGCCGGUCGUCAUCAGUUCCCCGGCCUCGUGGUACAAGCAGCAUGGCGAGCACAAGCGGUGGAAGCUUGGAAGGGUGUUGCCAGGGCAAAGGCGUGGGGCGCAGGAGUGGUUUUUGAAAUUCAACGGUGACCUCACGCGCUGCCACUUGGAGGGCAUGACUGAGGUGCCCAUGCUCUACAGGUCACUUUGUGGUAGCUACGGGGCGCAGCUCCAUGUGGAUGACAUGCUGUCCACGGGUGUUCCCGAAAUCGUCGAGCCCCUGCACCAGAACCUCAAGGACAAGUGCACGGUCAAGAUUGCGGGGCCCUACGGCGAGCCAGGAGAUGAGUUCGAGUUUUUGAAGCGGCGCUACUUGAUAGAGGCCGACCACAGCAUCACCGUGCGGCCGGCCACCCGCCCGCAGGAGCACGUGUUCGACAAGGACGAGGGCAACGCAUUGAGCGCCGAGGCCGGCACCACCUUCAGGACAGUUGUUGGGAAGCUUCUUUACAUAAGUUGCGAAAGGCCGGACGCUCAAGUGGUCAUACAGUACCUGGCGUCCAAGGCAAGCAAGCCCACGACCACGUCGCAGAAGGUGCUGGAACACUUGGCAGGGUACCUUUGGGGAACCCAGGGGUACGGCAUCAACUUGAGGAUGCGCCGAGGCGAGUCCAUCCUAAGGUGCGAGGGAGAGCCGCCCACAGCCAAGCCAACCAAAGCAGCCAACCACCUGGUUGAGGCCGUCUCCGAUUCGAACUUUGCCAACGACCGAGCCACCAGAAAGAGCUUGAGUUCGGGACAGAUAUAUGUGGAUGGGGCCCUGGCGUUUUCCUUUGUCAGGUCCCAGAAAGUUGUCACAAUGAGCUCGGGGGAAGCCGAGCUGGUGGCACUGACCCAAACCGUUGGCGAGGCCAUUUUGGUCAGGAAGGCUGUGGCUUUCCUACAAAGAGUGCGGCCCGAGGACGUGCACUUGGUGGCCAGGACCGACAGCUCGGUGGCGAGAGCCAUCGCCUCACGCAACGGUGUGGGGAGAGUGAAGCACUUGGCCACGUCCUGUUUGUGGCUGCAAGGCUGGGUGGCUAGAAAAGAGCUGCGCAUAGCAGCUGUGCCGACGGAGGUCAACCCCGCAGACCUCGGCACCAAAGUGCUGGCAGCCAGGAGGUUGAUGAUGUUGUUGUUCAUCCUCGGCAUGGUCACGGACAACGGCGAGCGCGUGGGAGAAGGUGAGUACAUUGAGCGCCGUGGGCGCAACGGAAGCCAAGGUUGUGCUGUUCAGGGCGACAACGAGGACUUCAUUGAAUCUUUCCUCGUGAAGUUUGCCUUUAUGCUGGAGUACCUCAACACGGUGACCGCAGGCAACCAGGUGACCCUGAUCUUCCUGAUUGGCCUGUUGACCGGCAUGGCAGUGAU